AUGGGUUCAUCCUCCUUUCCUGUAGCCCUGCAGAACAAGCUGGUGGGCUAUGGCAGGGCCUCCAGCGCGCAUUUGUCUGCCCUGAACAUCGACCUAGUCCGAAACAUCGUAUUCAUACUAUUCAUCCUCCGAUACACGCGAAAGACCUUUUACUCGCUCCGCGGCUACGGUGUCUUCGGCAGCCUCCGCAAUGUCUACCUUUCCAUUCGCCUGUUCUUCUACUCCAUUUUCCUCCGCCUCCCCGGUGUGCGCGGCCAGGUUGACAAGCAGGUGACGGAGGCCAUCGACGAUCUCCAGAAGAAGUUGGUGCAGAGCGGGCCAGAUGUGAACCGUUACCUUGAGCUUCCGAAGGAGGGCUGGUCAGCCGACAAGGUCCGGGAGGAGCUUGGCAAGCUUGCGGGUUUGAAGCAUACUCGUUGGGAAGAUGGACGUGUCAGUGGUGCUGUUUACCAUGGUGGUGAGGACCUGUUGAAACUCCAGGCUGAGGCGUUCGGCCAAUUUGGCGUUUCCAAUCCUAUCCACCCUGACGUAUUCCCCGGCGUGCGCAAAAUGGAGGCUGAGGUUGUCGCAAUGGUCUCGAGCAUGUUCAAUGCCCCUACCGAUGGCGCUGGUGUCACGACUAGUGGUGGCACCGAGUCCAUUCUCAUGGCUUGCUUGGCUGCCCGGCAAAAGGGUUUCUUGGAACGCGGUAUCAAAGAGCCUGAGAUGAUCAUUCCAGACACAGCCCACGCUGCCUUCAUCAAGGCUUGCAACUAUUUCAAAAUCAAGCUGCACCGAGUCCCAUGCCCUGAGCCCGAGUUCAAGGUGGACGUGAACGCCGUUCGCCGUCUCAUCAACCCCAACACCGUGCUCCUCGUUGGAUCCGCGCCAAACUUCCCUCACGGAAUUGUCGACGACAUCCCCGCUUUAUCUCAGUUGGCCACCAAGUACAAGAUACCUCUACACGUGGACUGUUGUCUAGGAUCAUUUGUUGUCGCCCUUCUCAAGAAGGCCGGCUUCCCCUCUCCCUACGAAGAGGAAGGCGGGUUCGACUUCCGCCAACCAGGCGUAACCAGCAUCAGCGUGGACACCCACAAGUACGGCUUCGCGCCCAAGGGCAACUCUGUAUUGCUCUACCGCAACAAGUCCUACCGCAGCCAUCAGUACUUCAUCUACCCCGACUGGUCCGGCGGUGUUUACGCCUCUCCAUCCGUGGCAGGCUCUCGACCGGGUGCGCUGAUCGCAGGUGCCUGGGCCAGUUUGAUGUCCGUCGGCGAGUCGGGCUAUAUCAACAGCUGUACAGAUAUCAUCAACGCAACCCGCAAGUUCGACUCUGCUAUUCGCGGACACCCGCUCAUCUCCCUUCACAUGGAGGUCGUGGGUAACCCUAUGGUCAGCGUGAUUGCAUUCCGCAGCAAGAACGGCGCCAUUGAUAUCUACGAUAUCGCCGACGACCUGUCUGGCAAGGGCUGGCACCUUAAUGCCCUGCAAUCACCUGCUGCUCUGCACUGCGCCUUCACCAUCCCCACCGCCAAGGCUGUCGACCAGCUCAUCACUGACCUUGUCGAGGUCAUCGAGAAGGAGCUCGAGAAGGCAGAGGAGCGCCGCAGACAAGGCAAGUCAUAUAUUCUGCAGCGCGGCGAUACAUCCGCUCUGUACGGUGUCGCCGGUAGCAUUCCUGAUAAGAGCGUCGUGAGUCGCCUGGCUGAGGGUUUCCUGGAUACCCUGUACAAGGCCUAG